GUCAGUAUAUUGAGGAUGCAAAUAGGAGAUCUCAGAUUCGGGAGAUUCCGUGGUGGUGGGUGGUUUUUUCUCGCUGAUAAUGUCUUUGUUAAUGGUGGAGUUUUACAGCUCUUGUGGAAGUAUAUGAAUAUGAAGAUCCUUUGUGAUUGGUUUUUUCAUAAACUCAUACGUUUCUUGGGGCCGCCUGGUCGGCUUAUACUUGUUCCUCCUAACCCUCCACUUGAUGAAUUUGGCGUUUUCCGGAGGCUUCUCUUCUUUUUCGAUGACCAUGUCUUUGCUGUCCUUGCCAUAAGCGUAUAUGUUUCUACCCUCUUUGUUCUUCUGCCUUUUUCAAUUGGAUGGGUUGUAUUAGCAACGUUUAGUGGCGGCAGCUAUUUCUCUCCUGUUAUUCUUGGAUACAUGAUGAUGCUGUCAGUUUCCUUUGCUUACUUUGGAAUCCUCUUCACCCUCCAUCGAACAUCAUUUCCAGUCAUAGUUCGAUGGCUUUCGCUGGGGUUUCGCUUCAUAACAGUGACAUUUCCGUGCCACUUGUUGACUUUCUUAGCAAAGUCCUGCAAAAGCCUGCAAAGUCUUGUGAGCUCUGGAAUCAUCUUCAUUCUCCGUCAAGCCUCGCUUCCAGUCAUAUUCCAGUGGUUUCACUUCAUGACAGUGACAUUACAGUGCCACUUGUUAAAGGCCUGCAAAAUCCUGUGUUUCACCAAGGAUGCUUUUGUCUUGUUCUUUAAAAUUGGUGCUCUGCCUUGUAUUGUUGGUUGGUUCCUCGAAACCUGCGUCUCCCCUAUGUUUGGAACCACGGUUUUUCAGAGAUAUGAGAUUUUUUCACACGGCCCAUGCAUGAUGAUGGCCAUUCGUUGGCUUUCAGGACUCUUUUGCUUGAUAACUGCCGUCUCUUACAUGGAACAUAUCCAGAAGAUCAUCCAUGAACGAGCCUUUUGGUAUCUUCUAGAUGUCACAGAUCCAGACUACAAUAUCACCAAACUGUAUCUUCGACACAUUUUCUUUGUGUUUGCUUCUCAUGGGUUAUUAUUGGUGAUCUUGUUUCGCUUACCAACUAAAGCAAUUACACUUAUCAGCCCAUCGUUUUUCCCUCUGGAGUUAUGGAUCACCGACGAUAAUCCUUCUAAUAUUGUUUCUGCAUAUGCAAUUUAUUUCAACCUAAUGCAUGUCGGGCCCCAAUGGUUAAUCCAACUUACCAAACCAACUAUCGAACUUAUGGUUCACAAGUGGAUUAUCACCGUUAGCACUUGGCUUCAGCUGAGUGAUUUUUUGCUGGUAGUGCCCCGAGGAGAGAGCUUUUACCAUGCUGAUGAUAACCCUUGGUUACUAUUGUAUUCAGUAUGUGAAGGAUCUUUGGUUACUUUUUAUAAAUCACAGAAUGAUGAAGACAAUAUCAAGGAGCAAAGAGAUAACAGGUGUCGAACGAGGAUUGCUAUAAUGUUGAUGCUAGCUGCUUCGAGUUUGUUUCUCGUUGGCACAGCCUUUCUAUCUUUGCCAAUUGUGGUUGGAAGAGUAUUCUCUGCCUCUAUCUCCUCUAUCUCCUUCAUCGUGCUGAGAGUUGGAAUCAAACAUGACGAUAUUUGUGCUUUUUGGAUUGGAUGUUAUAUCCUACGAGCAAUCUAUGUCAGCCUUUGCUUUGCAUUUGAUCAUAUUUUGAGGGGAAGAACUGUUUUCCUUCUCAAAUAUAUCUUGGCACGAAUAAGAAUUGGCCUUCUCUUCUCCAUCUGGAUCUUUAUCAUACCGGGAUUGCUCGGUCUGCUUAUCGACCUUAUGAUCAUCAUACCAUUACGAGUGCCACUGAACGAAACACCACUCUAUUUCUUGAUCCAAGAUUGGUUGAUAGGAGUAGUGGUGCUUCACAUAUGGGCCUUUUUGACAAUGCUCACGCCUUUCAAGUGUUUGGCAACCAAGGCAUGGCGAAGGAAGUUCGAGAGAAUCAGGAACGUGGGAAUCAAUAAGCUUCCUUCAAUGUGGCUGCUUCGAGAUGUGAUUGGCUCCAUCAUAAACACACUUCUAACCACACUGUCCAUCCCUUACGUGCUCGUGAAGUCUCUGUUACCGUUGCUUGGGUUUUCGCAAAGCGUCAGUGCAGCUAUCGAGCGGUUUAUUUGGCCAGCGUCAUUAGCUUUGCUUGCGGUCUGGUUCAUGACAAAGCUAACGCUUGAGAUCAUUAUCUACUUGCACGAGUUGAUCUUCAAUGAACGGUACAUGGUGGGUGAAAGAGUUGGGGAUUUGACUGAAGAUCUCUAGAGCAGGGUAGCUAAUUCAUGGAGUAUGACAAUUAUGACAACCAAGUACUCUUUUGUUGAUAGAACGAAUCAAAAUGUGUUAAUAUCUUUAACAAUGCUUAGGUUUCUGAUGGUGUAGAUAUUGUCUUAGCUUUGAAUGAGAUAUUGUUGGUUAACUAGUCCGGUUUCAACUAAGAAAUGAGACUAGAUUUUCA